AUGGUGUCUUCCCGUGGAAAGUAUGUAGACCAAGGAAGGAGAUGGGAGUUCAUAAAAUGUACAACAAAACUGCUACAGGCUGGGAUUAAAUUUGAGAAGGCUACAAAAUAUUCCUCCUUCCUGGAUAUAAAGUUCGAAAAUGGGAUCUUGAAAAUCCCACAUUUGGUUAUUUUUGACGAAACAGAGUUAUUGUUUAGAAAUUUGAUUGCAUACGAGCAGUACAACAGAGGAAUUGAACCAUUUUAUUUGACCGAUUAUGCCACAUUUAUCGAUUGCCUCAUCAACUCCCCGAAGGAUGCCGAAAAACUACGCCACUAUGGAAUUAUUGAUAACUGGUUAGGUGAUGAUGAAGUGGUUUCUACAAUGUUUAACAAACUGGGUAAUUAUAUCAUUGUAGAUUCCGCAACAUUUUGUUACUCGAAAGUUUUCAAGAAAGUUAAGAGCACUGCCAACGUAAUUGGCACAUAUGGAUGA